UCCGCGCGCGCCUCGGGAGCGGGGUUUGGAGUCGCUGCCGCCAUCAUGGUGCUGGAGUCGGUGGUGGCGGAGCUGCUCAACCGCUUCCUGGGUGCCUACGUCGAAAAUCUCAACAAGUCCCAGCUCAAGCUCGGCAUCUGGGGCGGCAAUGUGGCGCUGGAUAACCUGCAGAUAAAGGAGAACGCCCUUAGUGAAUUGGAUGUGCCCUUUAGAGUAAAAGUUGGCCAAAUAGAUAAGCUUACUCUGAAAAUUCCUUGGAAGAAUUUGUAUGGUGAGGCAGUAGUUGCAUCUCUAGAAGGCUUGUAUCUACUCAUUGUUCCAGGAGCAAGCAUAAAAUAUGAUGCAGAGAAAGAAGAAAAAUAUUUACAGGACAAUAAACAAAAGGAACUUGCAAGAAUUGAAGAAGCCUUGCAAAAAGCAUCAGCGAAAGAUAAACCAAAGGAGGAGAAAAAAGAUACUUUCUUGGAAAAGCUGGCAACUCAGGUUAUAAAAAAUGUGCAAGUCAAAAUCACAGGAAUUCAUAUAAAAUAUGAAGAUGAUAUCACAGAUCCGCUUCGGCCACUGUCCUUGGGCGUGACACUGGGAGAACUAAGUUUACUGACAGCCAAUGAAAACUGGACUCCUUGCAUUUUAAACGAAGCUGCAAAAAUCAUCUACAAGCUUUUGCGUCUUGAUAGCCUCAGUGCUUACUGGAAUGUGGGCAGUCAGAUGUAUUAUCAUGGAUCCCGCGAACAAAUACUGGAUCAGCUAAAAAGAGGAAUUCCUUGUAGCAGCAAUCGGCUUCAAAACUAUCAGUAUAUUUUUAGGCCAGUGUCGGCCUCUGCCAAGCUGUACAUCAACCCACAUGCUGAAACGGAAUUAAGAACUCCAAAACUUGACUGGAACAUGGAAGUACAGAGAAUUGCCAUUGAGUUCACUAAGCCGCAGUAUCUCAGUAUGGUUGACCUUCUGGAGUCCAUAGAUUAUAUGAUUCGCAAUGUACCAUACAGAAAAUUCAGACCGGCUGUACCUCUACAUAAAAAUGCCAAACAGUGGUGGAAAUAUGCAGGUAAUAGCAUUCUUGAAGUUCAUAUCAAAAGAUACACUCGUAUGUGGUCAUGGAGUAACAUAAGACAUCAUAGGCAGCUUCUGAAGAGUUACAAAAACGUGUUCAAAAACAAAUUAACGCAGAGCAAACUGUUAGAAGAAACGCAAAGGCAAAUUCAGGAUCUAGAAAAAUCCCUUGAUGUUUUCAACAUAGUUUUAGCAAGACAACAAGCACAUGCUGAGGUGCUAAGAUCAGGACAAAAACUGCUGAAGAAGAAAUCCACUGAUGUAGAGAAGAAAGGUGGAGGAUGGUUUAGUGGGCUGUGGGGUAAGAAGGAAUCUAGAAAAAAGGAAGAUGAAGAAUCAUCAGUUCCUGAAACUAUUGAUGAACUAAUGACACCAGAGGAAAAGGCUAAACUCUUUACUGCUAUUGGGUAUAGUGACAGCUCUCAUGACCUUACUUUACCAAAGAAGUAUGUUGCUCAUGUAGUGACACUGAAGCUGGUAAGCACUUCUCUUACAAUUAAAGAAGACAAGGAUAUACCAGAGACUCUUAAAAUACAGAUAAUUGAUCUAAGCACUACAAUAUCACAGAGACCUGGAGCACACGCACUAAAAGUGGAAGCAAAACUUGAAAACUGGUAUGUGACAGGUCUGAGACAGCAAAACAUUGUGCCCUCUCUUGUGGCUUCCAUAGGGGAUAGUAAAUCAUCUUUGCUCACAAUAGCAUUCGAGACCAAUCCAGAGGAUAGUACUGCUGACCAGAGUCUUGUAGUGAAAUCGCAGCCUGUGGAAAUUAAAUAUGAUGCAAAAACAAUAAAUGCAAUGGUGGAAUUCUUUCAGACAAGUAAAGGAAUAGAUCUUGAACAACUGACAUCAGCCACAUUGACUAAACUGGAAGAAAUUAAAGAAAGAACUGCUACAGGGCUAGCACAUAUUAUUGAGACACGAAAAGUACUUGACUUGAGGAUUAACUUAAAACCUUCUUACCUUGUGGUGCCACAGACUGGUUUCUAUCAGGAAAAGUCAGACUUGCUUAUUUUGGACUUUGGUACAUUUCAGCUGACUAGUAUAAAUCAAGGUAGUAAUCAAGCUUCCAGUUUUUCAUCUUUAGAAGAGAUUAUGGACAAAGCUUACGACAAGUUUGAUGUAGAAAUCAAAAACGUGCAACUUCUCUUAAGCAGAGCAGGUGAAGACUGGAAGAAGGCUAGAUUUCAGCAUCCAUCUACUUUGCACAUAUUGCAACCUAUGGACAUGCAUGUGCAGUUGGCAAAAGCAAUGGUGGAGAAAGACAUCAGAAUGGCCAAAUUCAAAGUGUCAGGAGGACUUCCUUUGGUUCAUGUGAGACUCUCUGAUCAAAAGAUCAAGAUGGUUAUUGAUCUCGUUGAUAGCAUUCCAUUGCCUCAGAAGUCAGCCUUGUCACUUCCAAGCACUAAGGCUCGUGCUAUCCCCAUUAUUCUAGAUGGAAGAAAAGGUUUGCUUGAGUCAUCACUAUUGUUAGAUGCAGCAGAGUCAGACUCUGAAGAAGAAUAUUUUGAUGUUGAAGAUGGCUCCAAACCAAUUGAAAGUGCUUUAAUUAAAGGAGAUGGAAAAAAAGAUGAGCCUGAGGCUGUUAAAGAAGAGCUGACAGAUCUUCAACUAAAGUUUGAAAUUAAAGAGGUAAUUUUAGAACUUACCAGACAGCAGAAAAUAGAAGAAACUGUACUUCUAUUUAACAUAAUGCAUCUUGGAACAGAAACCACAGUCAGAACAUACAGCUUAACAGCUGUUUCUUAUUUGAAGAAAAUCAGCUUGGAUUGCUACGAAAAUGGAGGUAAAAAACAGCCUCUUCAUCUGAUUAGCUCUUCAGAUCAACCUGGCCUAGACCUUCUAAAAGUGGAGUACAUCAAGGCUGAUAUAACUGGUCCAGAUUUUCAGACAACUUUUGAUAACACUGAACAAACAAUUUGGGUGGUCUUUUCGUCAUUAAACCUUCUGCUCCAUACACAAGCGCUUCUCUCUGCUCUCAACUUUCUAACAGAUGUUGCUUCAAGCAGGCAGCAUUCUAGUGAUGAAGGACUGUCACAGACGCAAGGGCAAAAGCAACGCGAAUAUGUUAGCUUGAAGAAAGCGACCCAAACCUCCAAGGAUAAGGACAUUUUUCACUUCAAGCUUUUUGCCAAGCUGGGUGCCUUUUGCGUAAACGUUUGUGAUGAGAAUAAAAACAUUGCUGAAAUAAAAAUACAAGGUCUUGACUCGUCUCUCUUCCUUCAGCCAAGUAAUACUGUCUUUUUUGCCCGGCUUAAAGACAUAAUUGUCACAGAUGUUGAUUCAAGAACUAUUCAUAAAAAGGCUGUCUCUAUUGUAGGAGAUGAAGUUUUCAGUUUCAACUUGUCAUUAUAUCCAUAUGCUACUAAGAAAGAAGCCUAUGUUGAUAUGUCCAAAGUAGAUGGUAUUAUCUCUCUGAAAGUAGGCUGCAUCCAGAUAGUUUAUCUUCAUAAAUUUCUCACAUCGCUUCUGAACUUCCUGAGCAAUUUCCAAACAGCAAAGGAGGCACUGAGUGCUGCUACAGUCCACGCUGCAGAAAAGGCUGCAACCAGUGUGAAAGGCCUGGCUCAGAGGAGUUUCCGCCUUUCAGUGGACAUUGAUUUAAAAGCUCCAGUUAUAGUCAUACCUCAGUCUUCAGUGUCCCAUAAUGCUAUAGUAGUAGACCUUGGUUUGAUCAGAGUACAAAACAAGUUUAACUUGGUAUCUGUGGAAGAUGCUUUACUCCCUCCAGUUGUUGAUGAAAUGUAUGUGCAGUUCACAAAGCUCAAGGUGUCUCGGACAAGUGUACAGCCAGGUUUUCCACAUUCUGACAUUCAGAUACUUCAUCCUAUCAACCUGAAUCUGAUUGUGAAUCGAAACUUAGCUGCAGCUUGGUAUCAUACAAUUCCCAUGUUGGAAAUCAAAGGGUGUCUUGAUAUCUUGAAUGUUAUUCUAAGUCAGGAAGAUUUGAACGUUUUGCUGAAGGUACUGACAGAAAACCUUGGUGAAGCAGAUGAUAAGUUAAAUGAAACAAAAACAGAAGUGCAAAAGGAAGGAAAAACUAGAAGAACUGAGACCACAGUGUCAACACAGAGCACUCCAGAAGAAACUUUGCCUGGUACAGCAGAAGUAGCAUUACAUGAAGAUGUUACCAAUGUAUUGCUUAAUUUUGAAAUAAAAAAGGUUGUAGUAAACUUGAUGAAACAGGGGCAGAAGGGGCCUCCUUUACAUACCUUGACUGUACUACAGCUUGGAACUGAAACAAGAAUUAGAAACCAUGAUUUGACUGCAACAGCAUAUCUGAGGAAAAUCAUUAUGAAGUGCCUUGAAUUUACUGACUCAAGGGGAGAGCCUCUUUAUAUUAUAAAUUCUGCAAAUGAAACUGCUGAACAUCUUCUGAAAAUGGAAUACAUAAAGGCUGAUGCAGAUGGACCAGACUUUAACACAACUUACAAAAAUACCAAGCAAGCAAUAAAUGUGUCCUUCUCGUGUCUGGAUCUGUUACUCCACACAGAAGCCUUGCUUUCUAUUUUAAACUUUUUCACAUACAGUGUUCCAUCAAGUGGCCUUCCCAGCAUUGAUAAAACAUCUGUUCAAAGACCUCAAAUAGGUGAUCAAAAAACCAAUAUUCUCAAAGCAGUAUCUAGUAGUUCAGCCCAUGAUGAUGCAUAUGACUUGAAACUCACUGCAAAGUUGAAUGCAUUCAAUGUUUUUGUCUGUGAUCAGAACUGUAACAUUGCAGAUAUUAGAAUAAAAGGAAUGGAUGCAUCAGUUUCUGUAAAAACUAAAAAAAUAAAGUUUUUUUCCAGACUUGAGGACAUCGUCAUUACAAAUGUUGAUCCAAGUACCAUUCAUAAAAAGGUUGUCUCCAUAAUGGGAGAUGAGGUGUUUAGGCUCCAAAUGUUACUUUAUCCUGAUGCUACUGCAGGAGAAGCAUAUACUAAUAUGUCUAAGGUAGAUGGCAAAGUAUCUCUGAAAGUCGGCUGCAUUCAGAUAGUAUAUCUCCACAAAUUCUUCAUGUCACUUUUGAAUUUCCUGAACAAUUUCCAAGCAGCAAAGGAAGCCCUAAGUACUGCCACUGUCCAGGCUGCUGAAAAAGCUGCCUCUAGCGUGAAAGAUUUUGCCAAAAAGAGUUUCCGUCUUUCAAUGGACAUCAACCUGAAAGCUCCAGUUAUAGUAGUCCCUGAGUCCUCAAUAUCCCAUAAUGCUUUGCUAGCUGAUCUUGGCUUAAUCAGAAUUCAGAAUGAAUUUAAAUUGGUCUCCAUGGAUAAAUCUUCUCUUCCUCCAGUCAUUGACAACAUGGAUGUGCAGCUAACUCAUCUGAAACUAUCAAGGAGUUUUACUUUGACUGGCUCUCAACCAGACAUUGAAAUUUUGCAGCCAGUUAAUCUGGUUUUAUCAGUCCAGAGAAAUUUAGCAGCAACUUGGUAUCAUCAAAUUCCAGCAAUUGGAAUCAAAGGAGACCUAAAACCUAUGGAGAUUGCACUCAGUGACGAUGACUUAACUGUCGUCAUGAAAAUUUUGCUAGAGAACCUUGGAGAAGCUGCUUCUCAGUCAGGUGCUACACAACAGACGCAACAAGAGGCUCAGAAAACUAAAAGGGAAGAAGUUCAGUGUGCUUCUGGCUUUCAUGAAGGUCCAUUUCCCAUUCCAGGACAAAAAAAUGUUUCUACAUCAGAAUCUGCUGUAGAAUGUUAUCCAGCUCUUAAGUUUGACUUCAACUUUGAGUCGCUUUCAAUAAUACUCUACAACAGUGACACAAGUCAGAAGUUUCCAUUUUCUGCGCAUACUGAAAACUUAUGCCUUGGUGAACUUAGACUGCAACUUAUGGCUUCAUCAGGGAAGAUUUUUUCAGAUGGGUCAAUGGACAUUGAUCUUAAACUCAAGACAUGUACCCUAGAUGAUUGCAGAAAAGGAAUUCAGAAUGUAACUGCAAGAAUGAUUGGCAAGAAAGAUGAGAAAACUGAUAGCUUUAUGCUAGACGUGAACUACAAGCAAAAUAAAAACGCGACUGAAGUAGUUGCUAUUCUUGACAAGAUAUACAUGUGUGCCAGUAUGGAAUUUCUGAUGAUAGUUGCAGAUUUCUUCAUUAAAUCAGUGCCAGCGUCUUCACUGGAAAGAUCUACCCAGGUUCAGUUAAAGCACGUUGGUUCUGGAAAGACCAAGCCAGAAAGAGAGGCUUCAUUACAGUCAAACAUGAAAGUAAAAGCAGUGAUUAUGGACCCAGAAAUUGUGUUCGUUGCAAAUUUGACCAAGGCUGAUGCUCCUGCGUUAAAAGCUUCAUUUCAGUGUGAUUUUUCUUUGUCAUCUGACAAGCUUGCACAAAGGAUGACUGCUCAAGUGAAAGGUUUCAGAAUGUUGGCCUGUGCUUUCCUCAAAGAAAAUCAAGACAAGUCUGUUACCACAGUGCUACAGCCUUGUUCUUUGAUUAUGGAAAAUAUGGUGCAUGUGUCAGGAGUACAGACCAUGGCAAUAGUCAUAGAAGAACUUAUUAUAAAGAUUUCACCAAUAAUUCUGAAUACUGUGAUGACUAUCAUAACUGCAAUAAAACCAAAGGCAAAGGAAGAGGAUACCAAAGGUGCACCUAAUGAAUUGGGAAAUUUGUGGCAUGUUAAGCCUAUAAAUCAGUGCAAUGCUUGGUUUCUUGGUGUUGAUGUAGCCACAGAAGUGACUGAAUCUUACAGAGACAGUGAACACAGUGUGAAAAAGGAGAAUUUUGACAUUGAGGUGAAAUCUGUUCAGAUGACUUUGGAAUGUGGCUUGGGACAUCGUACUGUUCCUUUAUUGCUCGUUGAAUCUACAUUUUUUGGAGCUGUUAAAAACUGGUCCUCUUUGAUGGGUGCCAUCGCUGAUGUGACACUGGAGGUUCACUAUUAUAAUGAAACUUAUGCAGUGUGGGAGCCUCUUAUUGAACGCAUUGAUGGGGGAAGGAAGCAAUGGAGUUUAAAGCUUGAGAUGAAAACUAACCCUGUCCAAGAGAGAAGCUUAAUGCCUGGUGAUGAUUUUAUUCUUCUUCCUGAGCCACAAACUGCUGUUAACAUCUCUUCAAAGGAUACAAUGAAUAUAACAAUAUCCAAAUGUUGUCUUGCUGUUUUCAAUAAUCUAGCCAAGGCAUUCUCAGAAGGUACUGCAUCCACGUUUGACUAUUCUUCUAAAGACAGGGCACCUUUUACUGUGAAAAAUGCACUAGGUGUCCCUUUGAAAGUGUAUCCUACCUCUAAUCUUCGGGUGGUAGGUCCACCCUUAAAAGAAGAGAUUCCGAGUAUAGAAAUUGGCCAGAAUCUGGAAUUGGAAUACUCUGUCUUUGAACCGCUGCAUCGAGGAAAGUUAUCUGCGUUGCAUCGACAAGAAAGCUGCCUCUUCGCUUUGACCUUAGUACCUCAAGGAUAUCCAGAAGUAGCAAACAUCCCUAUAGCAAAACCAGGCCGACGACUGUACAAUGUACGAAAUCCUGUUGCUGACCACUUGGACUCUGUUCUGAUACAAAUGGAUGCACUAGAAGGGAACAAAGUUAUUACCAUACGAUCUCCCCUUCAGAUCAAGAAUCAUUUCUCUGUACCAUUUAAAAUCUAUAAAUUUGUUAGAAAUGUUAGACUGCUGGAACCCAUAGGCAUAUCUAAGCCAGAGGAGGAAUUCCACGUUCCUUUAGAUUCAUACCGGUGCCAUCUGUUUAUUCAACCAACAGGGAUCUUAGAAGGUCAAUUUAAAGAGUCAACAACUUACAUUGCCUGGAGAGAAGAGCUACAUCGGAGCAAUGAAGUGAGAUGCAUGUUGCAGUGUCCAUCUACUGAAGUAAACUUCUUGCCUCUCAUAGUCAACACAACUGCAAUACCUGACCAACUAAACUUUAUUGCAACGGAUGGGGAGGACUGGGAUCCAGCCUAUAUUAUCCACCUUCAUCCAACACUCACUGUGAAGAAUCUUCUACCAUACUCCCUGCGGUAUUUACUUGAGGGAACAGCAGAAGCUCAUGAGCUGCCAGAAGGGAGUGCUGCUGAUGUUCUUCAUUCAAGAAUCAGUGGAGAAAUAAUGGAGCUAGUUUUGAUAAAAUAUCAGGGUAAAAACUGGAAUGGACAUCUUAAAGUCCAUGAUGGGCUGCCUGAAUUUUUUCCAGUGUGUUUCACUUCAAAUUCUGUAGAUAUGAUGACAGUAGAUGUCUAUGUACACGUCGGGCGAGUUAGUAACCGUAUGAUCCUAUCAGUGUUCAGUCCUUAUUGGAUAAUCAAUAAAACUUCCCGAGUUCUCCAGUAUCGUGCUGAAGAUACACACGUGAAACACCCUGCAGAUUACAGGGAUAUAGUCUUGUUCUCUUUUAAGAAAAAGAACAUUUUUAGUAAAAACAAGAUCCAGUUGUGCAUUUCAACUAGUUCAUGGUCCAGUAGUUUCUCCCUGGAUACCGUAGGAAGUUAUGGAUGUGUAAAGUGCCCAGCCAGUAACAUGGACUACUUGAUUGGAGUUAGCAUCAAAAUGAGUAGUUUCAAUCUCUCCAGGAUAGUCACCUUCACUCCAUUCUAUACCAUAGCAAACAAAUCUUCUCUGGAGCUGGAAGUUGGAGAAAUUGCUUCUGAUGGUUCUUUGCCAACUCACAAAUGGAAUUAUUUCUCGUCUUCGGAGUGUCUUCCAUUUUGGCCAGAAAACUUGUCGAGUAAACUGUGUGUACGGGUGGUUGGCUGUGAAAAUUCAUCCAAACCAUUUUUGUAUAACAACCAGGACAAUGGUACUUUAUUGGCUCUGGAAGAGCUGAACGGAGGCAUCCUUGUAGAUGUGAAUGUUUCUGAAUACUCAACUGUCAUAAGCUUCUCAGAUUACCAUGAGGGAGCUGCACCAGCUCUUAUCAUUAACCACACUCCAUGGGACAAUCUCAUAUAUAGCCAGAGUGGACUACAGGAUGCAAUGCAUUUAAAGCCAAAGGAGGUGUGUCUGUUUGCGUGGGCUGAUCCAACUGGAAUAAGAAAAUUCAUCUGGAACUAUGCACAAACUGUUGGCGAACAUGAUCUGCUUAAGGAUGACUGUGGCCAAUUUUCGUACAAUCCAAACACCCAAAUACAUUGGGUGUCCUUUCUGGAUGGACGGCAAAGAGUAUUGCUUUUUACAGAUGAUGUUGCAUUAGUUUCCAAAGCACGGCAAGCAGAGGAGAUGGAGCAGCCUGAUCAAGAAAUAAACUUAUCGCUUCAUAGUCUUGGACUCUCUCUAGUCAACAAUGAAAAUAAACAAGAAAUUUCUUACAUCGGGAUUACUAGUUCUGGUGUUGUGUGGGAAUUUAAACCAAAGCAGAGAUGGAAACCGUUUAAUCAAAAGCAUAUUAACCUAUUGGAGCAGGGCUAUCAAAAAUAUCUUGCUAAAGGUGCUAUGGAGGAUCCAGGCUGGGUUAAACUAGAAAACUUUGAGGUGAAUUUCAGUAAAAUUCCAAUGGAAAUGCGCUUUCCAAGCAAGUGCAACAUUCGGCGUAACUACUUAUCAGGAAUUCAAAUUGAGUUCAAACAGUCUCCUCACCAAAGAAGUUUACGGGCUCAGUUGAAUUGGCUUCAGGUUGAUAACCAGUUACCAGGUUCAAUGUUUCCUGUUGCUUUUCACCCUGUGGCCCCUCCCAAGUCGAUUGCCUUAGAUUCAGAGCCAAAGCCAUUCAUUGAUAUCAGUAUCAUUACCAGAUUCAAUGAGUACAGUAAAGUACUCCAGUUCAAAUACUUUAUGGUUCUAAUUCAGGAAAUGGCUUUGAAAAUUGAUCAAGGUUUUCUAGGAGCAGUUUUUGAGCUGUUCACACCAUCCACAGACCCGGAAACUGAAAGGCAAAGGACUAAAUUAAUCCAGAAAGAUAUAGAUGCUCUUAACGCUGAAUUAAUGGAAUCUUCUCUAUCUGACAUGUCGGCCCUCAGCUUCUUUGAGCAUUUUCAUAUAUCUCCAAUAAAGCUGCAUUUGAGUCUGUCUCUGGGCUCAGGGGGAGAAACGUCAGACAAGGACAAAGAAAUGAUCACUAUCCAUUCUGUCAACUUGCUGUUGAAAAGUAUUGGGGCUACUCUGACCGAUGUGGAUGAUCUUAUAUUUAAACUUGCUUUCUUUGAAAUUAAAUAUCAGUUUUACAAGAGAGAUCAGCUUAUGUGGAGAGUUGUUAGACAUUACAGUGAACAAUUCUUGAAGCAGAUGUAUGUUCUUGUGCUGGGUUUAGAUGUUUUGGGAAAUCCUUUUGGCUUGAUCAGAGGCUUGUCUGAAGGUGUUGAGGCUUUCUUUUAUGAACCUUUCCAGGGAGCUGUUCAAGGACCAGAAGAAUUUGCUGAAGGUUUUGUGAUAGGUGUAAGAAGUCUCCUUGGUCACACAGUCGGAGGAGCAGCUGGAGUGGUAUCUCGGAUCACUGGUUCUGUUGGAAAAGGGUUAGCUGCUAUUACUAUGGACAAAGAGUACCAGCAGAAGCGGAGAGAGGAGAUGGGUCGUCAACCUAAAGACUUUGGUGACAGUCUUGCUAAAGGAGGAAAAGGCCUGUUACGUGGUGUUGUUGGUGGCGUAACUGGCAUCAUCACUAAACCUGUUGAAGGAGCUAAAAAAGAAGGUGCAGCUGGAUUCUUUAAAGGAAUUGGCAAGGGACUUGUUGGUGUUGUGGCUCGUCCAACAGGUGGCAUCAUAGAUAUGGCAAGCAGUACUUUUCAGGGAAUCCAAAGAGUGGCAGAGUCGACUGAAGAAGUAUCUAAUCUCCGGCCCCCACGUCUCAUUCAUGAAGAUGGCAUCAUCCGUCCAUAUAACAGGGGUGAAGCGGAAGGUUAUGAUCUCUUUGAGAAUUUGCAUAUCAGAAAGUUGGAAAAAGAGACUUAUCGAUACCAUUGUGCACUUCCAGGAGGCAAGAAAGCAAACCUCCUUGUUACCAAUAGGAGGGUGAUGCAUGUAAAAGAAGUGGAGAUCUUGGGUCAUGUAACAACAGAGUGGGAUUACUUAUUUGAAGAUUUUAUGCAGCCUCCUUAUUUUGAAGCAAAUGUUCUAAAAAUCUGUGUUAAGGAUCACAGGUUAUUCCAGAAAAGAGAUAGCCGAAGUCAAGAAUGUGUGAAGGCAAUUCACCUUCAGGAUGAAGCAACAGCAAGGAGGAUAUACCGUGCUAUUUGUGAAGCCCAGGCAACAAGACAGCAGCAAAAGUUGGUGAAGCAAGCAUCAUUGAAACUGACAAAACCACAGGCAUUACCUUAAUAGCAACGAUCAGGGUUUGCAUUUGGUUUAACCUGUGGUAUAUGAUCUUACCCCUAAAGGAGGCUAGAAGAAGCCAUUUGGAUUCACUUUAGGAAAAAAAUAAAAAAUGUUUACUGUCUUCCUGUAAGGUAUAGCUGCUGUGCCACACUUUCAUUUCAGCAAAUGAAUUUGCACUAUAAAUGUUUACAAAUGAGUUUGCAAAAAUAAUAAUUUUAAUUUUUUUUGAAAAAUUAGUACAUAUAUCUAUAAAUGAAAUUUAAUUAGGAUGUUUAAAAAAUAUAUUAUGCUUAAACAUACUGUUGGUGUUUACUUCACAUGUAACAGUCCUGGAAGAAAUUAUAGGGACUCUUUGUAAUCUUGCACUUUUGAGUAAUGUAAAGGAUGUGGGUAGGUGUAUUUUGAAACAACAAAUUAGUAUUUUGUUUAUAGUGAAAGAGCAGGGUUUAAAUCCCUUAAAUUGAAAACUUAUUUGUUGUAUUAUAUCUUUUUGUAGGCAAAAUAGGAAGGAUUUAAUAAAUAGAUUUCACAUUAAUAUUGGCUGUAUUUCUCCUUCCCUACAAAAACAGUUUUUAUGACAAUAUAUUGAAGUUGAUAAAAUGUGUCCAUGCUGUUGUACAUAUUUGACUUGUCUGGUAUGUGCCAUUUAAGAUAAAUAAUCAUCGGAAAGUGGUGGUUUUAUUAAGUGUAUUUUGUCUGUCCCUGUUCUUGUAUUGACUACUACUUGAGGGUCCAGUUCAGCAAAGUGUUUAAGCAUAUGCAUAAUUUGUAAGAGUACUUGUAUUCCUGUUGACUUCAUGGAGAUGAGUCAUGCUUAGCAUUAGACACAUGAUUAUGCAUCUUUCCAGACUAAGGCCUGUAUGACUAAUUGGUAUAUUGAGGGCUGCCACUUCUGGUUUCAGGUAUGAGAAAGUGUCCUACAUAUACUUCCUUCUGUAAACCAUCUUUUUUUUUUUUUUUUUUAAACUUCUUGGGUGAAAAAAAAUCAAUAAAUGGUCUUUAUUUUUCAUUUUUGCACUAGAGAUUAAUAUCUGCCUAAAUGAACUAUGAUAGGAUAAGAGUAUGAUGCAAAGGCAGCAGUGUUGUAUAGAUCUGUUCUCUUCCAGUGUUUUGAGCUUUCACGGAAGCCAUCAUCAAAAAUAGGAGGAUCCACAUUUCUAUGCUAGAAUAAAGUCCUCCCAAACUUGCAAAGGUUAUUGGGUUCUAUAGUUCUACUCUUAGUCAGUACAUAAACAUUGUCUCCUUACGGAAAAAAAAUGAAGCGCAUUUAAGAUGCUUGAAAAUGUCUCUUCCAAAUAUAAUCUAAAGGAAAUUUGAGUUUGAUUCACUUAUUGCCACUCUGUCCAUGAAUAGUUUGUAAUUCUGUAUAGCACAAUGGAAAAAAAAUUAACUGUGGCUUUAGGUUUGGAUGUGGUCUAGAAAACUUCUGUUAUACAUGUAUUUCUAACCUAAAGUGUAAUCAAUUAACAGAACGACCUGCCUGUUAUUCUGUACUUUUCAAAUACUGUAUUUUAAAAUACUGACAAAAUAAAAUUUUAUAUGCAGUUA